AUGAUUUCCAAGUCCCCCGUCACCAUGGACGACCCGAGGGUCAAGACGGUGCACUGCUCCGGGAGUGCGUACGAGAUCGGCUUCACACACGGCAGCGCGGCGGCGACGGAAGUGCACCACAACAUCGGCAUGUACAGCGACUUCUUCGGCGAAACGGCCAAAGUGACGUGGGCGCAGGCGCGGGAGCGAGCCGUCACCAAGUUCCUGCCCACGAUCCAGAGACAAUGGCCGGAGAUUGUGGAGGAAAUGCGAGGCAUCGCGGCGGGCGCGGGCGGUGGGCUGACGCUGGACGACAUUGUCACGCUCAACGUGCGCACCGAGAUCGCUUUCACCAACUACACGGACGGCUGCACGUCGGUGGGCCAGAAGGCGGCGGACGGGCGCGUCUUCCUCGCGCAGAAUUGGGAUAUGAUCCCGGAGCUGUCGCAGGGCAUGGUGUUUCUGCACAUCGCGCCGGCCGACUCGGACCUGGUGCUGCGCUUCAUCGGCGAGGCCGGCAUUGUGGGCAAGAUGGGCAUGAACAGCGCCGGUUUCGGGCUAUGCAUGAAUGCGCUACGGUCGGCCUCGCUCAACCCCAGCCACAUGCCCGUGCACGUGCUGGUGCGCCGGCUGCUGCAGUACGCCACCAGCGUCGACGACGCCCUGGCCAUCAUCGACAAGUACGGCCUGGCCAGCUCCAUCAACCUGGUCAUGGCCGACAAGGGCGGCAAAGUGGGCGACUGGGAAUGCUCGCCUGCCGGCAUCUUCUCCAUCCCGCUUCAGGUCGGCCCAGGCUACGACUAUGUGGCCCACGCCAACCAUUUCUACGCCCCCGGUCGCCCGGCCACGCUGAAAGACCACCCGGCCCGCGACUCGUUCUCGCGCCUGGCCCGUAUGGAGGAGCUGACCGAGCUGGAUGCUCAGAAGGGCGUGGGCCCGUCCUUUGAGUCGCUGAGAGCCCGUCUAUCCGACCAGAAGAACACGCCGCCCGCCAUUUGUAGGGCCAUCCCGCCCGGCGCCACGGGCACCGAUCGCUUGGUCACGCUGAGUACCAGUAUUAUGGACCUGACGGGUGGGACGGCCCAAGUCACCAUCGGGAGGCCGUGUGAUGACCUGCCGAUUGUGCACUGGUCGUUCUAG